AUGACGAAUAUUUCACUAAUACUUCUCCUGAUAUUUGUGAUGGUGGUGGGACGCGAGAGUGUGCUGGCGUCCACCGCCACCCGCGAUUUCCGCUGUGGCCGCCGUCUUGUCUCUGGACUCUUCAGUAGACCCCGUUUGCCCCUCGGCUACUCCUACGUGACCACUAUCCCGCGUGGUGCAUGUCGGCUCAACGUUUCCGAGGUGGUGCCCAGCGAAAAUUACAUCGCGUUAAGGGUCACGAAUGGCUCUUAUAUUAUGAACGGCGAGUUUGCUGUCAGCGCGCCCGGCACAUAUGAGGCGGCUGGUGCGCGCUUUCUUUACUCACGUGCUGUCGGUCUUGACAACGUUUUCGCUAUGGGGCCCAUCCAUCACCCCAUAGACAUCAUGGUGCUAUACACGCAGCCGAAUCCGAAUAUAAAAUACGAAUACCUAACUGAUUCCACGCCCGACGACACGCCCAACGAAAUCCCGUCCGCGAACAGCGCAACCGCACACCACCAAACUUCCCAUCACCACCGCCACCACAACGCAGAAGCACACACGCGGGCGCUCGACAAACCCCAAUCGGAGCCGUCGCUGUCGAAGCAGCCGGACUUCACGUCGAUCGAAAGCCAGUACCAGAUCGACAGCAACGUCAUCGGCGACAGGAAGUUCAUUUGGAAGGUGAUGUCGUUCACGCAGUGCUCGCGCACUUGCGGCGGGGGGCUGCAGAUAGGGAAGUUCAAAUGCGUGGAGGUAGGUGCGAAGGAAGACCGGGAGGUUUCGCCGGCGCACUGUACCGGGAGUCCGCCACCUUCGCGGCGACGCCGGUGCGGCACCGCUGCUUGCCCGCCGCGAUGGAGGGCUGCCGCCUGGGGACCUUGCCCCGUCUGCGGGCCGGCCCAUCGCACGCGAAUUGUCGGCUGCGUCCAAGACCACGCCCGCGGAAUAACAAAGAUAAGCGAUCAGAAGUGCCCUCUCCCGAUGCCAGCGAGUAGCGAGCCGUGUGCCAUUCCGAACUGCGAUGGAACAGCACUCGCCGCUAAUACGGAGUCACGCCUAGAUUCGAGACGGCAAGUGCGACCGAAAGAUCGCACUGAUACGUUCCGCGAAGGACCAGUCAUUUCUCUGGCAACUAAUGUCACAGAAAAUGAAAUCAGUCCCACCAUGGAGUCAUCUUUCAGCUACAGUGCAGCUGGGGGAUGGCUAUAUACGGAAUGGUCUGAGUGUGUCGGGUGGUGCGUCGGCGGAGGCGUUCAGUCCCGAGGCGUGAGAUGUGCAGAUCCCACGGGCUGUGCCGCCCACAGAGCGCCACAUCCUUCUCAAUCGUGUUCACCGAGGAAACAAUGCGAUGCUCAGUGGUUCACUGGGGAGUGGUCGCCAUGUUCGGCGGCCUGUGGGGGACGUCAAGUCCGCGGAGUCAUUUGCGUUGGCGGGAACGGCAGAAGAUUACGGGACGGUUCGUGUCGGGCCCCACGUCCAGAAUCCGAGAGGGCUUGCGGGGGAACCUGCGCCCCUUCGUGGUACCUCAGUGACUGGGGAGAGUGCUCCGGGCCCUGCGAGGCGGGGGUGCAGACGCGGACGGUGUGGUGCGCGCGCGGCGGGGAGGCCGGAGCUUCGGGCGCCGCCAGGGACGUCGAGUGUCCCGGACUCCGCCCCCUGGCGAGGCGCACGUGCGUGCCGGCCAGGUGCUCCACCAAGCCCGAAGUCAAGCCCGCCGUCAUCACCCCAGUUUCGGAUCCUCAGAGAGUGACGAGACACCAAAGUCAUAACACACAGAAUUUCAAGGAGCGAUCGCCAGCCGACGGCGCAUGCGUGGAUAAGCUGAGCAACUGUAUGCUAGCUGUUCAGGCGAGACUCUGCCACUAUCCAUACUACGCCGACUACUGCUGCAAUUCCUGCCACGGGCGA